CAGUGUAUGAAAUAUUUUACGACCGGUUUUCUCGAGACUAGAAUACCGGGCUGUAUAUCGUGGCUUUUUGGCGGGCGCAAUUUCUUUGGCGGUUUCUCGAGUCUUACCUUUAAACCUGAAACAUAUAUCACGUAUAAAUGGGUGAUAAGGACGGCGAAACUUUUGAUGAUGCAGUGGAAGAACGCGUUAUUAACGAAGAAUACAAGAUAUGGAAAAAGAAUACGCCAUUCCUAUAUGAUCUUGUAAUGACACAUGCUUUAGAAUGGCCGUCGUUAACUGCACAGUGGUUACCAGAUGUAACUAGACCAGAGGGAAAAGAUUAUUCCGUUCAUCGUUUGAUCCUAGGUACACAUACGUCGGAUGAACAAAAUCAUUUGCUUAUUGCAAGCGUUCAAUUACCUAAUGAGGAUGCUCAGUUUGAUGCUUCUCAUUAUGACAAUGAAAAAGGCGAAUUUGGAGGCUUUGGUUCCGUAAGCGGAAAGAUAGAAAUUGAGAUUAAAAUUAAUCACGAAGGCGAAGUGAACAGAGCCAGAUACAUGCCACAAAAUCCAUGCGUAAUAGCAACGAAAACUCCAUCAAGCGAUGUUUUAGUAUUCGAUUACACGAAACAUCCGAGUAAGCCAGAUCCAAAUGGCGAAUGUCAUCCAGAUCUAAGGUUACGAGGACAUCAAAAAGAAGGCUACGGACUAUCAUGGAAUCCUAAUCUUAACGGGUACUUGUUGAGUGCAUCGGAUGAUCAUACAAUAUGUUUAUGGGAUAUCAAUGCUACUCCCAAAGAAAAUCGUGUCAUCGACGCUAAGACCAUUUUUACAGGACAUACAGCCGUUGUAGAGGAUGUUGCAUGGCAUUUAUUACACGAAUCUCUGUUUGGAUCAGUUGCAGAUGACCAAAAAUUGAUGAUUUGGGAUACGAGAUGCAAUAAUACCAGUAAACCAAGUCAUACAGUCGAUGCCCAUACUGCAGAAGUUAAUUGUCUAAGUUUUAAUCCAUAUUCAGAAUUUAUUCUUGCUACUGGUAGCGCCGAUAAAACAGUAGCAUUAUGGGAUUUAAGGAAUUUAAAAUUAAAAUUACAUUCUUUUGAAUCUCACAAAGACGAAAUCUUCCAAGUUCAAUGGUCACCACAUAAUGAAACCAUAUUAGCAAGUAGUGGUACAGAUAGGCGUUUGCAUGUGUGGGAUCUUAGCAAAAUUGGAGAAGAACAAUCUACUGAAGAUGCUGAAGAUGGACCUCCUGAGUUAUUGUUUAUACAUGGUGGACAUACUGCAAAGAUUAGUGACUUUUCAUGGAAUCCCAACGAACCAUGGGUAAUAUGUUCGGUAUCAGAAGAUAAUAUAAUGCAAGUUUGGCAAAUGGCAGAAAAUAUUUACAAUGAUGAAGAACCAGAUACACCAGCUAGUGAACUUGAAGCUGGGGCUUCAUAAGUCGAAAAAAUAAUUUAUUAAAUCAUCUGACAUUAAAGUCAAGAAAUACUACCGAAUAGUAUUAUUGACUAUUGAAACGAACAUUAAUGAACCAUAAACGGCAUUAGAAUUGGUGAUUUAUAUAUUUGUAAGAUUUAAAAAAAAAAAAAAACUGUGUGGUAUAAGUGAUAACAUUAUGGAAGAGCAAUAAUAUUUCAGUUCUCCAUUAAUUUUAAUUAUUUUCUUGUUUUUUAUUAUAAUUACAUUAACCUUAAUUUUUCACAUCAAAAUGUAUAUCUAUUGAAUUUUUAAAAUGCAUGUAAUGGCGAGAAACACGAAGUACUGAUUCGUUGGUUAAAAGCAUCAGUACUGUAAAUUUGUAAAAACGUGUAUCAUAGGCUUACUGCGUACAUCAAUCAAAAAUUUAUUUUUUAAUUCACUCGUGUUAAUCAAUAUCGUAGAAUGUCUUUUUUUGCUCAUGUAUCGAUUGUUUAUCAAUUAUUUGUAGAACAAAUAUUUCAGUACUUUCACAUGUUCUGUUUAAUAAUUGGAAGAAUUUAUACAUGUUGUACAAGCAUUUGUGCAAGAUAAUGUCUUGCUCUUAUAUUAUUUUUCUAUAUACAAGAUGUAUCAUUAUUUUGUUUCUUUAAUUAUACGUGGUAUUAAUCAACAAAUGUAUAUUUGUCAGCAGUGAGCCUAUCAGUAACAGCGUUCGUAUAAUUACUAAUUUGGGUUUUUGGGUAGCUCUUAGGUAAAUAUAAAGUAAAUAGUAAACAUUCAGGCACUAUGUCAUAUCAUCAGAUACAAAACCGAAUUGGAACAUAGGUUUGUAUGAGAAAUUACAUCAGUGACAAAGAAA